AUGGCCGAUGUGCACGAAUGUUCUAAAUUGAAAGUAAAUUUUCUAAGAGAGAAGAAUAAGUCCAUAGCAAAACGUAAGAAAUUAUUAUCUUCUGAUUAUAUUAUUAAAAAAAGACAACCUUUUGAUACAAAAAAGAAACGCGAUAAAGAUAUAUUUAUUACCAAUAAAACAAACUUUAAGGCUCAAUUGAAAAAGUGUGAAAAACUCUUAAAUAAUGGCAAUUUUGAAGUGAUUAUUCAUGGUCUUGGUUCUACCAUACAAAAAGCAUGCAGUUUGGCUUUACAAUUAAAGGAAAUACAUUAUGGUGGUAUAGAACUAGAUAUCAAGACAUCUACAAUAUCUAUUAUUGAUGAUUUUGAACCUCUUGAUGAUAAUAUAGAUUAUGAAACAAUUAAUCGAAAUAAUUCAGCAAUACAUAUUCGUGUUUAUAGAAAAUUUUCAAUAAGUACCCUUAAAUAUCAAGAAUGAAAUAUAAUUUUUCAAAAAAUAUUGAAGAUUUUUUAAUAAACAAUUUAUUAAAUAAAAAAAAUUUAUAAUAUGAUAAAUGAAAAUCAUAUUAAUAAUAUAUAAAAUCAAAUUAAUAAUUAUAUCAGAUUUAAUCCCUUUAAAAUGAUAUUUUCUUUACAUGAAUUAGUACAUUGGCUGGGACUGACAAUUUUUGAAAUAUGGAUAAAUUUAGUUUCAUUAACAAUCUUCACUGUGUUAUUAGCUCUUAAGUUGGAUGAUAAUUAUUUCUUGGGUCAUACAGGAUGGUGGAUAGUAUUUUCACCACUUUUUGUUGCAGAUGGUUUGAAUACUUAUUUUUGUGCAAUUAUUUUCAUAAGAAUGCAUUUGGAAGGAAUGACUAAAGCUGCUAUUUUAAGAGCAUUAUGGAGUAUUAUAUUAUUACUUUUAAUAUUUGUGUUUAAAUAUCUUUUGUGUAAAAAACUAUCAGGUCAAAGUCCUUUAGAAUAUUCAGAAGUUUUAAGUCCUAUUUUUAUUCUUUUGCAAUUAAUUGCAGUUAGAGCAUGUCAACUUCAUUGACUAUUGCAGAAUAUUAUUAUCUAUAAAUACAAAAUUCCAAUAAAAUAUUCAUCUUAACUAUUAUGUAUGUAAAUAAUUUAUAUAUAUAAUAUAAAUAAUUAUUACCAAACUGUUCAAAUUAUUCAUGUCUUAUUUCAUUAUCUUAGUAAUAAUAUUGUUACAAAAAUAAAGAAAUUAUAAUGUGAAUAAUAGAAUUGUAUUUAAAAGUUUAAUUUGAUAAAAACAAUAUAAAUAUAAUAUUGUAAUAAAGAAUGAUUUAUUUAUA